GGCCUGGGCGGGGCGCGCCCGCAGGUCUGCGCUGGCGGCCGGUGCAGGUGAAGAGGCCGCCCCGGCCCGGCCUUGGGGUUCCGGAGUGAGGAAAUGGCAUCGGGGACCCGGAUGGAGGAUGGUUCCUUGGAGAUCAUCCAGAGUGUGGACGAUGACCCGCUGCUGGACGCCCAGCUUCUCCCACACCACUCGCUGCAAGCGCAUUUUAGACCCCGAUUCCAGCCUCUGCCUACCGUCGUCUUAGCCCACCUCCUCUUGUUUAUCCACGUGGCGUUUGUUGUCCUAGCCUUUUUGACAGGCGUGCUCUGCUCAUACCCUAAUCCGAAUGAGGACAAGUGCCCAGGAAACUACACCCACCCGCUCAAAGUGCAGACCGUCAUCAUCCUGGGGAAGGUCAUCCUGUGGCUGCUGCACGUCCUUCUAGAACGCUACAUCCAGCACCACCACAGCAAAGCGAGAAGCCGGGGCUACGGCCUCCUCUACCGCUCCACCAGGCGCCUCAAGAGCCUCGCGCUCCUCAUCCACUCCACUGGUAACACGGUCCUCCUGCUGCUCCUGUGCCUGCAGCACUCAUUCCCCGAGCCCAGCAGGGUGUACCUGGACCUCAUCCUGGCCGCCCUGGGCCUGGAGCUCAUCGCUUCCCUCCUGAGUCUGCUGCUGUACGCAGAGAAAAUUAGAAAAUUUAAUAGAGCCAAACCACAGCCUGACGUACUUGAAGAAGAAAACAUCUGUGCCUACCCAGGCAGUAUUACCUCAGAGACUGGCUUUAGGACCAUUUCAACCCUCGAAGAACUUGUUGAAAAGCAAGGAGACAUCAUAGCGUACCUACGGCGACACAACGCCCUGUUAAGUAAGCGACUGUUGGCUCUCAGCGCCUCAGCCCCAAGCUCCCAGUCAACGUGAGAAACUCAACCCGGCACUGGCGGAGCACCUGCCCA